GUGGACUGCGCCAAGCCCACACCCAGUUCUCUCUGCAGGAAGAAUAAGAAGCUGUUCUGUCUACACUCCUGUUACUCGGACACUGAAGCCAGAGAGGACUCCAGCAGCAAAGGUGACCAGGAGCUCCCGGGAUGUCCGAGCUGGAGAAGGCCAUGGUUGCCCUCAUUGAUGUCUUCCACCAGUACUCCGGGCGAGAGGGUGACAAGCACAAGCUGAAGAAGUCAGAACUGAAGGAGCUUAUCAACAACGAGCUCUCUCACUUCCUGGAGGAAAUCAAGGAGCAGGAAGUGGUGGACAAAGUGAUGGAGACGCUGGACGAAGAUGGGGAUGGGGAGUGUGACUUCCAGGAGUUCAUGGCCUUCGUCGCCAUGGUGACCACGGCCUGCCAUGAGUUCUUUGAACAUGAGUGAGACCAAAAAAAAAAAAAAAAAAAAAAAAAGUAGCUGAGCUGUUUCUGCAACAGACAUGAGGGUCACAAGAGGAGGCACAGCAAAGGCUCAUGGGCUCGAAGGAGCUGAGCUCUCUAGACACACAUAACUAAUUAGGAAGCUUGGUUUGCUUUGGGGAUGAAACCCCAACCCCCUUCCCAGGGGCUGCUUUAAGUUAGCACAUCAUGAUUUCUGCUAGGCUAGGCAUUCCCGUGAGCUGACUGGUCCCAGGAACUGUUGGUAAGGGUCACUUAGGGGAUGAGAUCAACGCUCUGUUGAUAAAACACGUGUUGCUGACCACCAUGCCCCUGUAGAAGAGUCACCUGUAAGAAUCAAGGCAGACUACCAACAGUACUUCCGUCAGUCAGCUUUCUUAGAUGUAUGCUUCCCAUACAUCUACAGACCCACAGCUGGAUCUGCUGCCACCCGAAGAGGUUGCUCAUCCUUACACCUGCUUGCCAUCUGCCUGAGCAAAUGAUGCUCCAGAAAGUAGACAGACUGAUCGCCUACACCCUUCCCCAGCUCAGAGGAGCACAGCCACACUUAAGUCUCUUCUUCCACAGUGUGCAGUGAUUCGUUACUAAGUAAAUAUUUAAUGCCAACAGUUCUAACUGGGGAAACAAUUAGAUCUCACAAACUAAGUAUGAACAUUCUAACUCAGGACCGAGAAUCAAAAUUCUGCUCGGCAGACUUCUCCUUUCAGGAUGAUCGCUUUGUUCCUGGAGGACAGAGGAGGGGAAUGGCCAGAGUCUUUUUCUAGUUAGUUGUAUCUUCCUUGCUCCCUCUGCUGUCCAUAAUGUGAGUGGCUGCGGAAGUUGAGAUUCACAGGACGAGCUGAUGGGGAAUUAAGGGUCUCUGAGGUGUGUCCUUUAGCUGCUGGGAGCCAUGUCUGACCUGCUGGUGCCUAGGGCCUGCUUAGCCCUUGGUGAGGCUGAGAGUCGAGGACUGUGGGAAGCUGGACUUGAGGCUUUCUAACUUGCAUAUUCAAAUAGCGACGUUUUAAAUAAUCCAAGUUACAUUUAAAUAAAAACUGCAUUGCAAAUAUUAAAAAGCCAUUCUAGGAGAAUUCUAAAUUACCCUUACCCAUCUCUAUUUUGUUUUGUUUUGUUUUGUUUUCAGAGAAGAGACUUAGAAGUUCAUUAAGUCAACUGAACAAUGCCUUCGCAUAAAAUAAAAGCAUUGUGAAAAUUCUCCAUCACCACUGAAGAAGAAAUAAAUAUAAAGUACUUGUGA